CUUAAAAACUCCAUUACAGCUAACAGCUAAUCAGUUAGCCCGUCGCUGCUGUUGCUUGUUGUCGCGCGGCUUUCAGCAUGUCAGGACGAACAAAUGGCGAACAUCUCGAGACUCUGUUUUCAUUUGAGCUUUUGGUGGAGUAUAUCCUUAUUGAGAAAGAAACUCAAGUGUCCGACGAGCUGGCUCUUGGAGUACGACUGCUGGACUUCCCAACACUGCUCAUUCAUCAGCCUCAGCAGAGCGGUGGUGGGGUUAACAAACACGGGCAUGAGGGAAAGGAUGGUAAAGGUGAAUACGCCUUUAACAGAGGGAAGUCCUGUUUCUUCAAAAUGAACCUGAACUCACUGCAUACCAAUGUAUCCAGCACCCCUCUCUAUGUUAUGGUGUUGGAUGUGAAAGAGGAGAUCCCCAAACUAGUUGGCACCUCACUCAUCUCACUGGCAAAGGCGAUGGACAGACUCAGGCAGGAUGUGACUGAACGUGGUGUCUCCAGGCCCUCGUCUCAUGGGGAAAGGGGGGUCGUUGGUCUGUGCAACCUCACGGGGGAUAACAUUGGAUCCAUUUCCCUGAGUUACAAACUGCUAAGUCUGGGAGUGAGUUUACUACCACGUGACACAGAGACGGGUCUUAAAAGCACCAGUGUACAUGGAGGAGAACAUGUACAUCAGAGUAUCACGGUGAAAAACAUCCCAGAAUCACUGCCGGACGAGUCUGAUGUUAGCAGAUACAUCCAAAGCAACAAAGCAACAAAUGAGAAUACGUUAAUAAAUGAGGAUAAACUGGACAAGGGUGUGUGUGAUGCCAUGCAGACUGAAUACAAGCCAGAUAACCUUGUGCCUCAGACACUCAAAGAAACGGAAAACAAUUAUGAAGAAGAUUUAACUAUAUUUUGUCCGCCGCACCUCUUCUACAAUAAUUCUGCAGAGGAAAAAAACCAAAAUGAAAUAGGGGAUUGCAAAUUAGCAAAUCUAGACUCGGAUGCUUUUACAUUCGAAGACACAUAUUCAGAAGAAGAGUCAAGUGAAAAUGCAAGUUCUCCAAAGAUGGACCGGACAGUAAGACAUGAAAAAUCUCCAAGAAACCAAGAAACAAGUGAGGUGACUCCAAAUGUCCUCGGGGAGGCCUUACGACAGUUGCCUCUACUAAAUGCUCUUCUUGUUGAGCUGUCACAGUUGAAUGGCCAAAAUCCACAACAGCCCUUGUCUAUUCAUCCAAAUCUCUCUUGGAUUUACAGGCCUGCUUCCACAGAGCCUUCAGCUGGGUAUGGAAACACACCACGAAAGGCCCAGGCAAAAUUGUUGCAGAAAACCGGGCAGGGAACCAGUCCCCAUUUAAAACAUGUACUUUCCCCAAGAUACUGUUCUACACCAGUACUUAGGCCUGUAAACGCAAAAGACAAACAAGAAGAGGCUUUGAUAGAGCGUAAAAGCUCUGGUAAAACUCCCAGGAAGAAGCUUGUUUAUGGUACAACUAAAACAUUCAAUCUGAGGCUGAAGCAAGUCUCUCCUCUUAAAGUAAAACGGCGUGAAUGCGUGGACUUGAUUCAGAAGGAAACACAGUCAAGUGCGGCCAAAGGGAGGACAAAGUCAAGUAAUAAGAUAGUGAAGACCAGCAAGAGAAAAGCGGAGAGCAGAGCUCAAAAUCAGAGCUCCAGUCUCAAUGAAAAUGUAGAGACAAUGAUCCAAAGCAUCACGGUGGACUCUGCACUACAAGAAACCUUCACACUGAAACCCAAAACCCUGCAUGAGAAAGUUCAUGUUAAACAAGACAGAGACUCCCCGAGAAUUUCACAAACAACCCUUUCUGAAAGAGACUUUAAAUGUAAUCGCUUUCCCAGUGUGGAUGGUGAUAAUGUUGACCAAAACAAAGACAAGAAGGAGCAUCACAGUGAAUCAAAUCAAAUGAAGUCACAGGCUGAAACUGUCAGGCACAGAGAGAAAAUUGAGUCUUCAGGCAGCAGCAGCAGCAGCCACAGCAGCCCCAAAGCUUCAUUUUCAGCCUCCAGCGGGGAAGGAGAAGAGGAGGCCGACUAUGCUGAUGACUUUAACAGCCUGGAGCCCAGUGAUGGCUACUCCCCUGACCCCGUGAGCAGCCCAGAGUCCUCUAGAGCCAAGACCGCCCGCUCUCCUCUCCGCCUGGACUUCUGCAACUCAGACCCUGACCGUUUCCAGAGGAGAGCGGUCCUACCCGUGCCCGUCAAAGCCCCCAACUCUCCACAGCGCACUCUGAGGGGAACGCGCAUCAUCCGACCUCGAACCCACGCCUCGGCCCUCAGCUUCUCCUCCGAGGAUGGUGACGGAGGCGACUCGGCCUCCUUGCAAACAAUAUGCUCCAGAAAAUCAAUCAUGACGGGGAGUAGUAGGGUGGAAAGGAGCUCUGGAACCGACGGUUUCAUAUCGGCAAGAGGUCAAAGGAGUGGGUCAACCAGGAACAGCGGUCCUGUUCGAGGAUUUUCUGCAGAAUCCGUAUCUUCCUUUGAACCGCUAGAGGUAGAGGAACUGGAGGAUGAGCUUGGAUCUCUGGAUUUCAAAAAGGAGUAUCAGCAUAUAUCUGAGCUAGUGGCCAACAAACUACCCGGUUACACGAUGUAAAGAAAAAUGAUAGAAUUCCACAUUAUGGGAACAUCAAUGCUACACUGUCUCCCAUAAUUAAGUGAAACAGAUGAGUAGUAUGUAAGCGUACAUAUCCAGGAAAUGUGUAUAUGUGUAAGUUUUCCUUUUAGAUAUGAGAACUGACAAUUUUUGA